GUAAACAACGUUUUACAUUAGAAGCCAAAGCAUUUCUUUUAAAAAGUGGACGUGUAUCUCAAUUACUUCAAAAUUAUGUUCGUGACGCUCUUGAUAUGGCUGCUGUUGUUGAUUUUCUGAAUCAUAAAACAAAUUAUGAUGUACGUUCGAGUCAGUCAAUAGUUGAUGAAAUCGUUCAAACAGGUAAACAUGGUGCAAUGGGAAAAAACGAUAUGAACAGUUUAAAAAGUCGAUUGAGACAAUUAUCAAAAAAAAUGGCAACGAUACCGUCAAAAAUUAAUCCGUUAUUUAAAUAG